AUGAUAUUCAGCUACUUCCACUGCAUAUGGGCAGUAGACAAGUCAAACUACUUCAAAUUCGCAGAGAAACUCAAGGACAGUCUGGGAGACGACGACCUCAAAAAGAGCAGUCUCCUGUGCAGCACAAACAACAAUAAGGCGUGUACGACAGACUGCAUGGCCACCAACAGCUGUAAUUCGCCUUCUACGACCACGGCAUCGACCAAACCAACCCUCUCAUUUUUGAAUAGCGGUGACUUCUGCAAGUACAUCACCUACUACGAUACAAUGCCAUUUGUCAAUCCAUUGGAUAAGAUGAUCUAUACACGAAUAUUGAACGAGAAUCCAACUGAAUUGGCACUCUGUAGGAACAGGAUGUCCUGUGAUACGACCAAUAAGAAGCCUGAGAUAAAAAACAAUACGAUCAUAAUUCAGCCUGGUAGCAGUUGUAGCACGAAAGAGCCUACAAUUCAAACAAUCACCAAAAUAGUCGAUAACUGCAAUCGUACGAUAGUUGAGAAUGGGCAGACGACUGUUUUAGCAAAGCCAGGUGGAUUGGGCUGUGUUGCCACUGCAACUGGGCCAGCUGUGACUGUUGCACCAUCAACUGUGCCACAGCAGAUUCAGACUACGACUACGACCACAACAUUGAUCAGUACAACCCAGGCUACUCUGACUAGUACAGUGGUAAAGCCAUGUUUCAUCACAGUAUCACAGCCAUCAGUGGUAUCAACAAUAGUUCAGAACAGACCAGUAGAAGUGAUUAGACCAGCACAGUGUGUGACACAGAGUAAUAGAAAGAAUAUUGAUUCAGAGACAUUGAAGAACCUGACAAUGUUGAUCAAAGAAUUAUUGGAUAGUAAAACAGUGACAGUGCCAGUUAAGAAAGAAGAGAAGAAACCAGAGCAAACUAAGGAAGAGAAGAAAGAAGAGAAGAAGCCAGAGCAAACAUCAACAAAGACCACUACACAAACAGCAUUCAAAACGAAGACACAGACGCAAACUCAGACACAAACUCAGACUCAGACAGAAACAAAGACACAAACACAAACACAGACGCAAACAGAAAUCAAAUCAAAACCAAAGGAAGAAAGCAGCACCAAAACGUGUUCAAAAUUGACUAAGGGAUCCAACGUAUUCAAGAAUCUGAUUGCUGAAUUAACAGGAAACAAGGCAAGUCACCUGAUUGGAAUUGAGUACCUGAAGAAUAAGUUCAAGGCGAAUACGCCAAGUAGACUCUGUGAGAGUGAAUCAGACAGCAACUGCGUGAUGCUGGAUGAUAAGAUGAAGAGGGAAUUGAAGAAGGAGUUGCAGAAGGAGAUAGAGCGAAGAAGUAGGGAGAAAGAGGAAGAGUUCAACAGGAAGUUGGAUGAAAAAGAGAAGGAGAUCAAGACAAUGAAGAAGGAAAUCAAGAAUCCACCUGUGACCAAAAAGAAGGCGGAAAAGGUGACUACGAAUGAUUUGGUUACUGAAUUGGUCAAAUUCAUCAACAAGGACAAUAGGACAGAGGAGGAUGUUCUGAAGAUGUUGGACCUGAUUGCACUGGUGAAGAACAAUAAGAAGAAAGGUGAUAAAUACACCAGACUGAUGUCAACAGUCACAGUCACAGUUGAGAAAACAGUGAGUGUGGGAGAAGCAGGCAAGAAGAAAAGCAGUGCAUCUGACACCAACUCAGUCAGUACAGCAGCAAUAACCAACUUAGGUGAGUUAAUCAGGGUAGUCAGUUCCAAUACAGUUAGCCCUAAUACGGUUAGCUUCAAUACAGUUAGUCCUAACACAGUCAGCUCCAAUACAGUUAGCCUUAAUACGGUUAACACAGUCAGCCCUAAUAAAGUCAGCUCCAAUACGGUUAACACAGUCAACUCAUCCAACACCACCAAAACAGCACAGCCACCUACCACAUCCUACAAUGAUGAGAAUACGAUACUGAACAAGAUUAAGAAGCUGAUGAGACUGGAGCAGCCUAAGAAGUACUACAAUGAGGCAGAAAUAGAGAGGCUACAGCUGGAGAUAGAGCAGAGGGACACUGAGAUCAAGGAGUUGCAGAAGAAGCACAAGGCAAAGAAGAUAGAGGGAUUGGAAGAGGAGAAGUUUGAGAAUCUGAAGAAGAAGUUGCAGGAGUUGGCUGAAAAGAGGCGUAGAAUUCUGAAUGAGCUGACUACCAAGGAGGAGAUGACGAAUGAUGAGAUCUAUGGAAUGGAGGCCAAGGAGUUGAGAGAGAAUGCGAAGGACGAUCUAAGGAAGUCAGGUGAUGGUGAUGAGAGAAUGACAGUCACAGCCACCAGAACAGUAUCAGCAAAUGGAGCACGAAAGAAGUUCAGCAAAAAGAAGAUGGAGCAGAUCAAGAAGAAGAUUGAAAAAGAGUUGAAGAAUGUAGAGAGGUUGAGUAGCAGCGAAGAGGAAGGGGUAAAAUCAAAGUCAGUAGCAAAGUCAAAACCAUUAACAUUAUCAAAGACAAAGGCAGAUAAGAUGGACAAAUCCAUAGAAACAGACAAAACUGAUUGCACUACCAAUAAUUGCAGAAGACGUGUUGCAAUCAAAUCAGCUGAAAUCAAACUGAGAGACACCAGAAGAAACAAGAACAUCAAGAUCAACAUACCAAUCAAAGAGAUAAAUGAUGCAAUCAAGGAAGUAGAGGCGAGAAAUAAGUAA